GGCACAAGGGCAGCCACGUUCAAACUUUCCUGGAGUAAAACUGUUAACACAACCGAGCAGCAUGCAUGCAAAGCCCAGGGUGAGGACUGAAUGGGGCCGGGCCUUACCCAGAGGCCCUGUCACUGGAGAGACCAUGCACCUGGCCGUCGUGGUAUGUGGGGACCGCGUAGACGAGGCCUUCACCAUGCUCAAAUCCGCCCUCCUCUUCAGUCUCAAGAGAAUCAAGUUCCACAUCUUCACAGAGCAUACCCUGGCCGCAGUGUUGGACAAAGGGCUAAAAAGAUGGCCCCGGUUUCUCUCCCCCAGGUUUCAGUACAACAUAUAUCCCCUCACAUUCUCUGCAGAGAAUGCUGAGGAAUGGAAGAGCCUUUUCAAACCAUGUGCGGCCCAGCGUCUCUUUCUCCCAGUUUUGCUGAAGGAUGUGGAUUCACUCCUGUACGUGGAUACAGAUGUGCUGUUCCUGCGGCCCAUGGACCACAUAUGGAGCAUCCUGAAAGACUUCAACAACACUCAGCUGGCCGGCCUGGCUCCAGACCAUGAGAUUCCCAAAAGCGGCUGGUAUAACCGCUUCGCACGGCACCCGUUCUUCGGAGCGGCGGGACUGAACUCGGGGGUUAUGCUGAUGAAUCUGACCCGGAUAAGAGGCACACUCUUCAAGAGCAGUAUGACUCCUGUUGGGCUGUCAUGGGAGGACCUUCUUCAGCCACUAUACCAGAAGUACAAGGAUCUCAUUGCCUGGGGAGACCAGGACCUUCUCAACAUCAUCUUCCACUACAACCCAGAGUGCCUUUACAGCGUGCCGUGCCAGUGGAACUACCGCCCGGAGCAUUGCACAUACGGCAGCAACUGCAAGGGAGCGGAGGAUGAAGGGGUCUCCAUCCUCCAUGGCAUCGGCAGAGUUUACCACCAUGACACACACCCCGCCUUCAAGGCCAUUUAUGAAGUGGUACACAAGUAUCCUUUUGAAGACAACAUGGCACACGCUCUGUUUGAACCACUGCAAUCAAAGUUCCUGGACACAGUUAACACCUUGUGUGGCCGAAUUCCCCAGAUCUUCCUCAAACAGGUGGAGAGAACCAUGAAAACAAUGUUCGAACAGAGGGUGAUUGUACCCUCUAAACCACAACCUAAACCACAACCUAAAUAAAAUCCACCUGCUCCAACAUCACAGGAAAGAUUGCUCUAACCUGACUAAAACCUGACAGAUGCUAAGCCAAAACCUGAGAGAUACUAAGCCAAAACCUGACAGAUGCUAAGCCAAAACCUGAACCAAAACUAACCCUCACUUGACCUAUGUUCUUCUCCCCUUUAUGUACUGUCACUUUGGAAACAGUGUAUGGGCAAUGUUUUAGCUGAAAACUUGAAUAGAAAAUGUGAAUUGUUAUUUUUAU